GGCUCCUUGUAGUUCGUAGCAACAAAGAUAAAGAACUGUCAAAAUGUUUUUUCGUGAAAAUGUACCUUCUAAUGCAGAUAAAUUCCAAAUAUUUAUCGCAAUUUUAUUGUGCAUUAAUCGAUAAAACAUAGGUAGUUAUCAUUUCUUCGCUCAAGUCCGCGAAAAGACGAAUUUAGCCAUGGAAUGGACGAGCCAAAACAUCAAAAUACACUUCAAAUCCGCAACAACCACAAGAAACAGCUUCAAAACUGCAGAAAUUGACACAAAUUGUUAACCAUUUCGAAAAAAUAUCAUGGAUAAGUGGAAGUGUGAUGAAUGCAAUAUGAAGUUUGACUYGAAAUUUCUGUAUGAGACUCACAAGAAAAAGUUUUGUGGAGUUCUAGGUGAACCCCCCGGACCCACACCAGCUAGAAGCCCUGGAUCUUAUGAAAAUUUUGAAAAGUACAGGGGGAGGACGAGUCGGUCUCCUAAAGAGUCUUUGCCACCACUUUCAGCAGAGAGCAGAGCAUCUCAUGACUCUCUAAGAAACUUUAAGACAACUGACAGCCGUCAAUCAUCUAUGAGUGAGCUUGAAAAAGAGAAGGUUGAACAGCUAAAAGCCUUAAAAGAAAGCAAAUCCUUGCAGAGGARCUUACAGCACUUGGGUGUCAAGUCAUCUGUCCCUAUUCAUAAGGUGCCAAGUAGGCUAUCAAGGCCUUCAAGCUAUGAUCUUAUGGACAGACCACUACUUAAUGACCAGAUGCAACAGCUCCAAAUCAAUCACAAAGAACAACUUGAACAGCUGAAAGCUCACAAUGAGAGAUUACAACAGGAAAAAAUAGAAAUUCAAGAAAGAAUGAAUUCUCUUGGAUUGAAGAGUAGACAAAAGCUUGUAUCACAGGGAAGUAUGGAUAAACAAGUUGAUGAACUUGAUGGAUUAAAAAGAUUCCUAGAUUACAAAUCUAAAGAAAUAAGUAAUGAUUACAAGAUGGAGAUGAAGAAACUUAGUGAAUUGAAGAAGAAGACUUAUAAAAAUGCCUCUAAUGUUGUACUUCAGCCAUCRCCCUCCCCAAUAUCAAGAUAUAAUUCACCAGCUGGUCAAGAAAUAAGAACUAGAAGUCUAGAAGUGUCAAAAGCAGUUGCUAUCAAACUGUCCUAUCUUCAAGGUGGUGGAAGAGACCCAGCAAUACUCUCGCAGAUARUGCAACUAGAGCAGGAAGCACAUGGCUUACARACAGCCCCAAAGCCAGCGGUUACUGAUCCUGUCAUACAGCAACAGAUAACGGAAUAUCAUCUUGCAAAUCAAAAGCUGGAACAUGAGUUACAACUGCUCAGGAUGGAAAAACAGCAGAGUGAUGGCCAGAGAAAGACUCCAGAGUUAAGUCCAGAGUUCCAGCGCCUUAAAAUGCAACAUCUUGAAAAAAUGACAGAACUAAAACAAGAAAGUGAAAUGUUGAAACAACUGACCGAGAUUGAAAGAAUGAAGAAAGAACUGCAAGAACUCAGAGGAGAAAAAACGGACAGAACUGAAUCUCGGUCAAAACAGACACAUGAGGUUCCAUUUUUGAUGUCCACGAGUGGUCUGGACGUCAGCCUUAAACCAAGUCCUUAUGAUCCAAGUGCUGGAUUCUCGGUAUUCUGGGACUUUAUACUAGGUCUGCCAUCAUCAUGUACUAAGUGUAGACUGGCUGUAGGGAUAUAUAAUGGCAAUGAGUUGCUAUCUGAUGUUAAAGUGCUACCAAUGGUUUCUGCAGCUGAAUAUCAACAGCGUUCACUACCGUCAGGGGGGAACUUGGUCACUUUACUGUCUUUCAUUUGCAGAUGUGCUCCAUUGCAAACACUCUCCUUAGUAGCAGAACUUCAAGCAAACAAUAUCGAUAAGAGAGAAAACUCYGAGAAACUCUACUCUAAGGGAUGGACAAAGAUGGAUUUGUUUGAUCCUAUGGACAGGCUGAUUAGUGGCAGAUGGAAAAUCCCGUUCCGUGUGCCGCCAAUCAAGACAUAUCUAAGCAUGCAUGAACUYAACAGAAUUCCACAAGUUGGAAUGACAGAACUGUACAUCAGGCUGGUCAAUGCACGUGAUGUCAACCAAGAAGAGAUUAUAACACCACAACCUCUACAGCAUUACACAUACAAUUACCCUUCUGUGGAUAAUACUGCAGCCUUGCAAAGGUUAAGUGGACAUAGAAUCGUGUCUCUUCCUGGUACAGCACCUGUAAAUGAUGUUCCACCACUGCCUCCCCCUUCGGUACCCCCUCCUCCUGAUACUCCUGGUACCGUAUCCUUGGCUACUACCAGAGAGCCAAGUCCAAAUCCAGCCUYGGAUCAGUCAAUCUUAGGAAUAGUUGUUGAUCAGUUGCGUGAUGCUGUUGAUGGAGAGAUUAAGCUAAAGAUUACUGCUUACAAUGGAAUAAAUGGMGAGAUUCUAAAGGCGGCAGGAGAUACUCCAGUCGUUUGUGUGACGAAGUCUUUUAAACCAGACUUUCUUAAGGACAUCUAUGUGUUUGGCUUACAAGAGGCACUGUUUCGCCAUGUUCAGUGGAAUAGCCAGUCUUUUGUUAUUAUCCGUUUCUAUUUGCAAUCUGGGGAACAAGGUAAACAAGGCACUACAUCAAACUUGUUGGAUGAUAAUAAGUUAGCUGCCUGGACAGUUAUACCGUUGGCUGUUACAAGUGAACGUGGUAGUCGACAAGGUCGAGAAAGCAGUGUUCGUUUAAAUGCAGGAAAGCAUCGUCUUCAUUUGUAUUUUCCUCCUGUACCAGACGUUACUUCCAUUCCAACAAAUAUAAAUCAUUCCCCACAGGAGUGGGCUAAGUAUGGGCAUUCUACUCUUAUAAUGGCUAUAUUCUCUGGGUUUAGAAUGCCCUUUGAGAGAUCCACUAUGCCUGAUGAAUUCACUGAUGAUAAUGAAUUACCCAAGGAUGCGUGGGUAAAGAAUGGUAGGUCUUCUGUGGCUACUGAGGAGUUCAGUCCUGGUAAUGGUUUUGAUUUAUACAUUGAUGGUGCACGAUUUCUGCCUGAUAGUGUCACAUAUACAAAGGUCGCUGGACGUGUUAUGGACAAAAAUUAUGAGAAGGUCGGUCCCGAUGUAGAAGUCCAGUCCAAGCUGUAUUCCGAUAUUUACAAUCCAGAGUUCGACUGUCGAUUGGAGUUUCGAGAACCGAUCUUCAAUAUUACAUCUAUGCUUGUUGUUAAGAUUUAUUCUGUUGAUCGUGUCACCAAGAAACUCUCUUGUAUUGGUUUCUCAGUUUUGCCGAUAUUCCUAAUGCUUGGAACAACCAAUCCACCAGAAAAUAACAGUGAUACUGCAAAGGUUGCUCUCAACGAUGGAGCACAUCAAUUACGCAUCUAUAAUGGAUCUCCUGACUUUAGCCAGCCUCUGGGGACCUCUAUCAUAUCAAACCUUGCGCCUGUACCAUGCGCCAGUCUGUUGGUCAGGGUUGUACGUGCUGUUUGCCAUCCAAACGGAAGACCCAAAGAGAUAUCUCAAUUCGAUGAAAAUGAGUGGGAGGAGGAAGGGCUUGUAGUCCCUAAACCUCGAUACGAAGAAGGAGUAUAUUAUUCGUUAUCCUGCGAGCCAUCUCUUGGAGAGUGUCAGAUYCUCAAUAACAUGGUAUCUAGGCAACGAGUUACUGUACGGGAAGCGAUACAGUUUACAGCCCUUGGUCAGGACAGAAAUAUGAAGAAAGACGAAGUGAUUACUAGCUGGAUCAAGACCCAGCUGACACGUGAUAUUGAUGUUGCACCUUCGGAUUUUGAUAUCAAUUAUGUAUCUCUCUAUCAUCCUAUGCACGGACUGAAGAUUUCUGUYGACGGUGCGCGGAAUCUUCCCUGGUCAAGCUUCACGUUUGCAUCGUUUUGUCUAUCAGGCCACCAAGCAGACCCUUUAGAAUUCUCCACCAGUAUUGAUUUUACAAGUGAAGUCAGUUCUCCUGUAUGGCUCGAUGGAUUUAAAAGUUUUCCAAGGCGCUUGCAUCAUCGAUAUCUGAAUGUUGUCAUCCAUCUGCGAGAAGUAGUGGUGGAUUUUACGGGAAGUGUCGARAAGUACGGUCUAAAAGGACAGGCAUGGACRGUGCUACCUGUCUUCCAUGAGGGUUAUGUCAUGAACGGCAGCUAUCAGCUUCCAUUAUAUCAAGGAGAACCAACUCAGCCAAUUUUGAAUGAGMUGCGACAAGAUAGCUGCCUUGACGUUAUUGCUGCUUUCCGUCGAAAGAAAACUAUGAAAUACCUUGAAGGAUCGUCGGUGUUUGUUCGUCUAUCAGAUGCAAGAAGAGAAGAACAACUACCAAGACCAAUGAUGAGAGCAAAGCAAGAGUAUCUUCCAAAAGAUAGAUUAGAGCGGUAUUCAUCUGUCAGCACCUCUAAGGAAGUUUCGUCUUUAUUUCCACCUGGAGUAUCAGAAGUCGACUUUGGUACAACGUUUACUGAUAAAGUCAAAGAGCUAUCAUUGCAGAUCUUUGCCAAAAACGUUAAAGACAUUGCGGAAAAAGACGCUAAGAAAUGAUACUCUAAACAUGCACGAUAAAUAGAACGGACCCAUCCUAUUUCCGACAUCCAACAUGAAACAGUCGCGAUGAUUUGGUUGAGAAACUCGACAAGAAUCGUUCGUGAUUAUUUGGUUUAGACACCCGACAAGAAUUGGUCGUGGUGAUCUGUGUUCUUCACCCGACAAGAAUCGGUCGUGAUUAUUUGGUUUAGACACUCGACAAGAAUUGGUCGUGGUGAUUGUGUUCUUUACCCGACAAGAAUCGGUCGUGAUCAUCUGCUUUAGACACCCGACAAAAAUUGGUCGUUGUGAUCUGUGUCCAUCACCCGACAAGAAUAUAUCGGUCGUGAUCAUCUGCUUUAGACACCCGACAAAAAUUGGUCGUUGUGAUCUGUGUCCAUCACCCGACAAGAAUAUAUCGGUCGUGAUCAUUUG